AUGCUUGUUAUUGUUCGGCAGCAGCAGCUGCAACCGCGGCAGCAACAGCAGCCGCUACCGAGAGGUAGGCACCACUACUUCCUUCGGCAAGGAACGGCAGCGAUCUUGCUGCGACUGCAGCAGAAGCAGCAGAUGCAGAUGCAGAUGCAGCAGCACGUGGAGCAUCAGACUGCUGGCUGCGAUUGCCACCCUUCCGAAUGCAGCAACAUUUUGCAGCACGGGUGCUGCAGCAACAGCAGCAGCGGUAGUUGCUGCUGCUGCUGUGGCAGUACGGUUACAUUCUGCGGCGAAAGGACGUUGGAGCCUCAGCUGCAGCAGCAGCAGCAGCAGCAAUUUAUGCACCCGAAGCACCUGCCAUAUGUAGAUGCAGCAGCAGCAGAAGCUUCUUCGGAUGCUUCCCGAGCACCUGCAGCAGCAGCAGCAGUUACUGCUGCAGCACCUGCAGCAAACAGCAGCGUUCUGGCAGCACUGCAGCAGAGGGCCCACGAGCUCUCUAGCCUGGUGUCCUGGGGUGCUGCAGAGCACCACGAGCUGCUGCUGGUGCUGCUGCAGCAGCAGCAGCACUGUGAACUUCGGCUUCAGCAACAACAGCAGCAGACAGAGGCGCUGCAGCAGCAACAACGUUCUCACUUCGCGCAGCAGCAGAAACGCAUGGAGCGUGCGUACACUGCACUGCAGCACGACUUCGAGGCCAACUACAGGCUGUUUGCCGCAGCAGCAGAGCAGCAGAAGCAGCAGCAGCAACAACUGGAAGCAUCUCUAAGGGAAUCGCGGCAUCAGCUGCUGCAGAAGACGGAUGAAGCAGAGAAGCUGCGCCGCAUCAACUUGCAGCUGCAGCAGCAGGCUGCUAAGUUGGAGCAACAGCAACAACAGCAGCAGCAGGAAGUCCAAGAACUGCAGCAGAAGUUGCAACAGCAGCAAAUGCUGCUGCAGGAGCAACAAGAGCAGCAAACGGAGCUGAGACAGCGUUGGGAGCGAGAGGCGGCGCUGAAGCAGCGGGCUUUGAAGCAACUUCGAGCAACAACAGCAGCAGCAGCAACAGCAGAGCAACAGCACCAGGAAGCACUAGAGUGCAUGCAACAGCGUUACACAGCAGAAGCUGAGAGACUGGCUGCAGAUGCUACUGCAGCACGGCAGCAGCAGCGGUUGCUGCAGCAGCAGCUGGAAGAAGCACAAAAGGCAAAGCAUCCCUCAGCAGCAGCAGAGGCCGCAUGCAGCGAGUGCAAACGGAUGCAGGAGGAGCUGCAGCUGCUGCAGGAACAGCUGCAACAGCGGGAGCAGGAACUGCAGCAGCAGCAGCUGCAGCUUCAGGAGGAGACUGCUACAAGGAAGCAGGCGGAAGCUAGUCUAGAUUGUCGACAGGAGGCACUGCAACAGCAGCAAGUUUUGCUGCUGCAGCAGCAGCUGCUGAUCCAGCAGCUCGAGCAGCAGAUGCAGUCAGAACCCCAAAUGGUCAGGUGCAGCAGCAGCAUCAGCAAGGCAUCUUCAGCAACAGCUGCUGCUGCUGCUGAAGACCAGCAGCAAGACAAGAAAUAUACAACAGAGUCCUCCACUGCGCAGCACGACCAGCAGCAGCAGCAGCAGCAGGAGGCCAGCCGUAUCCUGCUGCUUCUGCUUCGGCAGAUUGAUGCCGACUCCGGAGAGCAGCAGCAGCACCAGCAGCAGCAGCAGCAUCAGCCGGAGCAGAAUGUAUUGUCACUGGCGCGUUCCGUUGACCGAAGUGUGCGGCAUAUGCUGCAGCAACGUAAAGAGCACCAGCAGCAGCUGCAGCAACAGAAACAGCUGCUGCAGCAACAGGCGCAGCAGAUUGAGCAGAAGGAGCAACUGCACGCUUCUCGUCUUGCUACUCAACGGGCAGAGCAUGACCAGGCUGUGCUGCGGCUGCAACAUGAUACAUACAGGCAGAUUGAGGCCCUAUCGAGGCAGCUUCGCAGCAAGGAACAAGAGGUAAUGCAGUCCGAUGAUCGCCUACAGUUGGCUCAGGCAGAGUUGCGGCGGUUACAACGGCAGCAACAGCAGCAGCAGCAGCAGGAAGUCUUUGCACACGAUGGAGUUGCAAAACGCAGCGGCUCAGACGCGAAACUGGAAAUGGCAUGCAGCAGCUGCAGAAGCUGCAGCAGAAGGAGAGGGUCUGCUGAUGCUGCAGCAGGAGGCACGAGAAGAAGCCGUUCUCUUCAUCAUCUACACCGCAGCAGCAGCAGCCGCAGCAGCAACAGCAGCAGCAGCCGCUGCAGCACGAGAGAAUUUAGGGAGUCGCAUCGGACCCGCCGGAACUGGAGGAAACCAGGACAGCAACAACAACAGCGACAGGAGCAGCAACAACAGCAGCAGCAGCAAGAGCAGCAGCAGCAGCAGAUAGACGAGCUCGACAGAUACCGAAAAGCCUUCAGCGCCAUGAGGCAACACGCGGAGGCCAUGCAGCAGCAGCACCAGCUGCUGUUGCAAAGCAAGGUGGACUCGGUUGCCCACCUGCAGCAGCAACUGCAGCAGUUGGAGCAGCAGCAACGGCAACAGCAGCAGCAAUCGCAGCAGGCGCUGCAACGAGCCGAAGAAGAUGCCAAAGAAGAGAGAGCAAUGCUGCUGGAUGUUUCUAACAGACUCCACUUUGCUGCUCUGCGGCGCAAACCGCCGCGUACUCCUUCGGGUGUCCAGACAGCUUCUGUAUACUCGCAGCAGGAGCAACAAGAGCAGCAGCAGCACCAGCAUCACAAUGUGCAAAACGGGACGCAGGAUCAAGGGAUCCUGGAGGUGCAGGGCAUGCAAGCAGCAGCCGUAGCAGCAGCACAAGGAGCGAAGCGGCUUCCCGAAGCCUCAUUUAAGGCGUCAUUGGCUUUGCCGCGGCGCCAACAGUCAGCAGGCUUCCGAGGACAGCAGCAGCAAAAGCAGCAGCAACAGCAACAGCAGCAGCAACAGGAACAGUGUCAACAAGAACAGCGUGAACAAGGACAGCAACAGCAACAGAAACAUCAACAGCAGCAAGAGAAGCAGCAGCAGCAGCAGCACCGGCUAAAGUCAGCCUAG